AGGGCACAUGUGAUAUGUGCGGACUUCUCUCCAUUCAUUCUACUCGGCGUAGACAACGUGCGGGCACGAGGCUUCAAUUUUUCACUGGAAAAUUUGGAUUUUCACUGAUUCUACUCACUCCACUCAUUAAAGAUGUACAGAUUACCAACAAUGAUGCGAGGUGUGGCUUCACGCCAGCUGCAGUACCAAGCAAGAAUGUACGCCAAGGACGUGCGUUUUGGUCCAGAGGUGCGUGCCCUGAUGCUCCAGGGUGUGGAUAUCCUCGCUGAUGCUGUUGCAGUAACGAUGGGCCCAAAAGGCCGUAACGUAAUCCUCGAGCAGAGUUGGGGAAGCCCGAAGAUCACCAAAGACGGUGUCACAGUUGCCAAGGGAAUCGAGCUCAAGGACAAAUUCCAAAAUAUCGGAGCUAAACUCGUCCAGGAUGUGGCGAAUAACACCAAUGAAGAGGCUGGUGAUGGCACCACCACAGCCACCGUCCUGGCUCGAGCAAUCGCCAAAGAGGGAUUUGAGAAAAUCAGCAAGGGCGCCAAUCCCGUUGAAAUUCGAAGAGGUGUCAUGAUGGCUGUUGACAAGAUCAAAGAAGAAUUGAAGAGUCUCUCGAAACCGGUGACAACACCCGAGGAAAUCGCCCAGGUGGCGACGAUCUCAGCGAAUGGCGACACAGCAAUAGGUAAUCUCAUUUCCUCAGCCAUGAAGAGAGUGGGAAAAGAGGGUGUGAUCACCGUGAAGGACGGUAAGACCCUCAGCGACGAGCUCGAAGUUAUCGAAGGGAUGAAGUUCGAUCGUGGCUAUAUCUCUCCGUACUUCAUCAAUUCCACGAAAGGUGCUAAGGUUGAAUUUCAGGAUGCCCUCGUGCUCUUCAGCGAGAAGAAGAUCUCUUCAAUCCAGAGCAUCGUCCCAGCUCUGGAGCUCGCCAACUCUAUGAGAAAACCUCUCGUCAUCAUCGCCGAGGACAUCGAUGGAGAAGCCUUGACGACUCUCGUCUUCAACAGACUUAAGAUCGGCCUGCAAAUCGCUGCUGUCAAGGCUCCAGGCUUUGGUGACAACAGGAAAGCAACUCUCCAGGACAUGGCUAUCGCCACUGGGGGAAUUGUCUUCGGUGAUGAGGCCAAUCUCGUCAAGAUCGAGGACGUGACUGCCAGUGAUCUUGGUCAAGUGGGUGAGAUAAUAAUCACAAAAGAGGAUACCCUCCUGCUGAAGGGCAAGGGCAAUAAAAAGGACAUUGAUCAACGAGCUGAUCAGCUUCGAGAUCAGAUCGAAGACACGACAUCAGACUACGAGAAGGAGAAGCUCCAGGAGCGUCUAGCAAGAUUAUCUGCAGGAGUUGCUGUUCUUCGGGUUGGUGGUAGCAGUGAGGUAGAGGUGAACGAGAAAAAGGACAGAGUCCAUGACGCCCUCAAUGCCACGAGGGCAGCAGUGGAGGAGGGAAUCGUCCCUGGUGGUGGCACUGCCCUCCUCAGGUGCACCCCAGCCCUGAAAAAUCUUAAGCCAGGGAACAGUGAUCAGGCAACUGGAAUUCAGAUUGUAGAGAAUGCCCUUCGAAUGCCUUGCCAGCAGAUUGCAGCCAAUGCUGGGGUUGAUGCCAGCCUGGUGGUGGCUAGAGUCACAGAUGGAAAACUAGGGUAUGAUGCCAUGAACAAUGAAUAUGUUGAUAUGAUUGAGGCAGGAAUUAUUGAUCCCACGAAAGUCGUGAGGACUGCUCUCACUGAUGCUGCUGGAGUCGCAUCAUUACUCACAACUGCUGAAGCUGUCGUCACUGAAAUCCCCAAGGAAGAGUCACCUGCUAUGGGGGGAAUGGGUGGUAUGGGUGGCAUGGGAGGAAUGGGUGGCAUGGGGGGUAUGGGAAUGUAAAGGGCACGGGGUAAGACUGAAUUACUGAUUUCAAACUGUUAAUCCAAUCAAAUCAUACCCAUAUCUCAGGAACUUGGGAAUUUACAAAGAAGAUAAAUGAAUUCGUUAAUUAAUUAAUUAAUUCAUCAGUUCAUUUUUCAGUUGUCUAAAAAAAUAGGAAUUUUUAAAUAAAUAUCAAGAGAUAUUUUUUUUCAAGGAGUAGAAUUUUGUGAGAUCUUCUUUAUAAAUUCACUCGCUCUCGAGAUAUUCGGAGUUCAAUCGGGAUAAAAAAACGUUCCAGGAUAUUUUUUGACUUUUAAUUUGUUCUUCUUUUGUUUCUGUUGGGUUUUUUUUUCGAAGGGUUGAUUAGAUGGGACCUGGGGAGCCAUCUCCAUAACGACAAACAUUCGACGAUUAUCUUACAUUAAGAUUGAGUGAAAUAGCAUUUCCAUCGUAAUGAAAACUUUGUGCUCUAUUGGGGAGGAUUGAAGGGAUUAUCAGAGGAUUUUGGCUGCCACUGCCACGUGGGCACUUAGUGUUAACACUAUUAAGAAUAGGGUUCACUGAAUUCAAUGGUUUUUUUGGCAUGUCUGGCAGUGAAAUGGUGAGACAAUUUAUCGAAAUCAAUUGGCAGUGCCUCGUAAAAUCUAAAGGGCCUGAAAAAUUUCAAUCCCUCGCAAGAAGACGUGUCACCAAUUCACUGUGCAAUCCAUUUUCACUUUGUUCGAAUAAAAAUUGUGAAUUCCAAUUGCGCUGCGCAAAUAUCCUGUGCAUUGAUAAAUGAAAAAAUGUUAUCUGAGUGUUCCUGUUGAAGAAUGGAAGUGUAAAAAUAUCUUAAAAUACCGGUUUAUCCAUAGUACAUGUUUUUUUAACAGUUAAUUCUUUAUUUUUCACUAUUAGUCUAAAUAAAAAAGAUGAAAAUACA